ACGUUGAGCUCCAAGUACGGCCACAUUGGGGGCGUGGUAGGCCGGGGCUCGUUUGGUACGGUUUGUAUUUCCGCCUUGCAGAAUGCCAACAACAAGAAAAAGAAGUCGCUUUUCGCCAUCAAGCAGCUCAAACAGCGCCCGGGAGAGAGUUUGCACCAUUUUGGAAACCGUGUGACGUCCGAGUUCAUGAUCUCGUCAUCCCUGACGCAUCAGGCCGUCAUCAACGUGUACGAUUUGAUGGUUGACCCUGUGACAAUGACGUACUCGCAAGUGAUGGAGUUCAUGCCGUGCGGCGACCUUUUCACUCUGAUAGCCAUGACAAACGGUCUGGAGGUGGUAGAAUGCGACUGCUUCUUCAAGCAGAUCCUCAACGCCAUCACGUACCUGCAUUCCGUGGGUAUUUCGCACAACGAUCUAAAGGUGGAGAAUUUGCUGUUGACACGCAAGGGACAGCUCAAGAUCAUCGAUUUCGGAACAUCGGCCGUCUUCAAGACGGCCUGGGAGGACAAGGUGCAGUUUUGCAAAGGAGCGUGCGGUUCCGAGCGGUACGUAUCGCCUGAACAGUUUGUGCCGGACAAAAGCUACGAUCCGCGACUUGCAGACAUCUGGUCGCUCGGCAUUAUAUAUCUGGUGAUGCUCUACGGCACGUACGUCUGGGAGAUUGCAAAACGGAGUGACGAGAGCUACGAGCACUUCCUCGAGACG